UGGAAAGUAGGGAGCGCCCGCUUGCCUGCACCCCUGUCCCAUCUAGCUCAGUCCUCUCGUGCAGCGGCUCGAAGUGCGCGCGUCUCCUCCCAGCCCUCCCGUUGCAGCCAUGGCCGCCUCAUCCGCGCGGCCCACCGUCCUAGCUCUGAUCGCGCUGGCACUGCUCCUGCUGCUCUGCCUGGGCCCAGGUGGCGUAAGUGGGAAUAAACUCAAGCUGCUGCUUCAAAAGCAGGAAGCACCUGCUCCAGCUAAGACUAAAGUGGCGAUGGACGAGAGCAAGGCCAAGGAAUUCUUGAACAGCCCGAGGCGCCAGAAGCGGCAGCUGUGGGACCGGACCCGGCCGGAGGUCCAGCAGUGGUACCAGCAGUUCCUCUACAGGGGCUUUGAUGAAGCGAAAUUUGAAGAUGAUGUCACUUAUUGGCUUAACAGAGGUCGGAAUGGGCAUGACUAUUAUGAUUACUACCAACGUCACUAUGACGAGGAUGCAGCGAUUGGUCCCCAGAGCCUUGACAGCUUCAGGCAUGGAGCCAACGUCAACUACGAUGACUAUUGACCAUCACUCCACGCUCCGUGCACCUGCGCCACAGGU